GUGUCGCACAUAUUUAUUCAAUUCAUUCGACGUUCAUUUGCAUAAAAUUAUCAUCGCAAUAUUUGAAUAAACAAGAGGUAAAUCCUCUGGAAUCUUAUCAGAUGCCACGAAAUUCUGAUAAACAAUGACACAUUGUUUAAAUUUGUAGUUUUAUACUGACGCGACAUUGUUUAUUUUCGAGGUAAAAUGAAUUAAAACGCAACAGCUGUGACAAACGCCCGCAUAUACUCGAUAUUGCCGUUUUUUUUUAUUGUAUGUGAAAAUUUCACACAUGAUAUAAGUAUUAAUAAUUAAUCUGCCUUUACAGAUGUGCGAUCGAGUUACAUUUUUUUAAAAUAAAAUAGGCAAUUGUAUGAUCAAAACCAUACAAUUAUACGUCGACAGUCGGUGUGUUAUGGAACGUUCUAAUUGUUCUGCGACAAAAUAAAAUAAAAAUAUUGUAAUGACAUCAAUCAGUGAAUCACAUUCAUUUUCAACGAUAACAUUCUGCACUUAAUUUGUUAUAAUAAUAAAGCUAACCUUGACCAACAAUUCUAAAAUCGACAUUACACAGGAUAUGCAAGAAAUAAAAAAUAUAUAGUCCAUUCAGCUAUUUAAAAAAAACACCCGGUUCACAAAACAAUUGAAUACAGAAAUUUAAUUCGUACUGAAGAAAAUACAAAUGUCUCAAUGGUUACGAAAUAACAAUUGAUGUGCCAUCGUGGAGCCAACCAUAAAAAAUGCGGUUUCCAAAAUUCUCGCUGAAAAAGUGCUUUGCACUCACCAUUGGGUUUACAAUAAUUGUUAUAUUUGGCAUUAGUUUGAGAUAUAAAGAUAUUUGGAGGAAUAAAAUUCAUGAAGACAGCGUUGACAGGAGUGCACAACAGAAUUUAGACUCAAAUGAAAUAUCGGAGACAAUUGGGAGCGUGAAUUCAAGACAGUUGCUAACACCACAACCGCUUAAACAAACAACGACAUCAACGAAUCCAUUCAAUGAGUAUAUCGAGGAUAGUCGACAAAGUAAUCAAGUGCCGGCAAUAGACAAUUAUGAUCAAAGUGUGCUAGUGAAACAGAAACCAUGGUACUUAGCUGGCGGUCAACGAUAUCCAAAACCGGCAAAAAAAUCACGAAAAACCAAUAAACGAGUAGCAAAAUUAUUUCCAUCGGAAGAUCAAUGGCAUGAUAGAAUAACGAAUCAAUUGAUGUUCGUGCCGCCAAACUAUGAGCAAAUACAAGAAUCAGGGAAACUCAAAACAAUUCUAUUGUACAACGGCUUAGGUCCAUGGGGCAAUUUGAAAGAAGGACGAGAAGUAUUCACGAUCAAAAAUAAAUGCCCGGUGAAUACGUGCCGCAUUACAACAAAACGUGAAGUGGCCAAUAAAGCCGAUUUAAUUUUAUACAAAGAUUAUUUCGUUCCAACUGGAAUUCAACGGCCAUCACAUCAAUUGUUCAUGCUGUAUUUUUUAGAAUGUCCAUAUCAUACGCAACAUGUUAAAUUUCCGGAUGUUUUCAACUGGACUGCCACGUACAGAAAAGACAGUACAAUUGUUGCACCAUACGAAAAAUGGGUUUAUUAUGAUUCACGUAUUAAACAAAUGGAACAAGAGCGAAAUUUUGCUCAAAAUAAAACCAAAAAAGUUGCGUGGUUCGUAUCGAAUUGCGGCGCCAGAAACGGUCGACUUAACUAUGCACACGAAUUACAAAAAUAUAUUCAGGUUGACAUUUAUGGAUCAUGCGGCGCAUUCAAAUGUUCGCGAAAUUUGCCCGAUAAAUGUUUUGACAUAUUAAAUCGUGACUACAAAUUUUAUUUAGCAUUCGAGAAUUCCAAUUGCAAGGAUUACAUAACGGAGAAAUUCUUUGUGAAUGCAUUAAAUCGGAAUAUAUUGCCGAUUGUAUUAGGUGCCCGACCCGAAGAUUAUGAAAGCAGCGCACCAUAUCGAUCCUACAUUCAUGUGGAUGAAUUUGCAUCACCAAAAGAGCUAGCCGAAUACUUGAAUAUUUUAGAUAAAAAUGAUGAUUUGUAUAAUUCAUACUUCAAAUGGAAAGGAACGGGUGAAUUUAUCAAUACAUAUUUUUGGUGUCGUGUGUGCGCUAUGUUACAUGAUGAGCAUGCCAUUUCAACGCCAUCGUGGUAUGAAGAUAUAAACGAUUGGUGGAGAGGUGCCGGCGUAUGCCACAAUGGCUCAUGGCGAAGUUUUAAGGCUCGCAAAAGUAUAAUGAGCGAAGACGAUUGAAUCGUUUUUCCAGUAUAACAGAUAUCGAUGUAAGAUAUCGAUUUGAAAUCAAAACCAAAUUUAUUUGCUGGUAACAUAAGCGUGUCCAAAAACAAAAGCAUCAAAGUAUUUCAGCAUAAAAAUUUGUAUUACAUAUUGAAUUGAAAAUAUUUAUUUAGACAAAAAAGCCUCUUGACUGUGUGCUUCAGUAGGUACAAAUAUUUAUUUAAAAAAAAAAUACACUUAAAAUCGUUCAAAAGACAUGAAAUACUAACCAUAAGUUUCUGUAUAAAAAGUUAUUUAUUUCAACUGUGAUAGGCUUGAUUGGAAAACGUCAAGUUUAAUCAAUUUACUAAUUUAUAUACACAUAAGCGACUGGAAUAUGAAUUUGCAUUUACGUUUCGACCAGGCUUGUCGAUUUCCGGUGUUACUGCAUAGACAGGCUAUUUUCAAAUUACAACUACUGUCUAUCCAUAAUUUGAGGUAAAAUACACAAACAUUUUGAAUUAUGGCAUUGAACAUCCAUAAUUUCGACAAAAAAAAUCCCUAGAGUAAACUGAAAUUCGACGAGCCUAGUUUCGACAUAUUUUUCAAAAUAGCAACUAUAAGAAACCAAAUCAUUCUCUGUAAAUUUUCUAACUAAACAUUAAUAAUUCUUUUUAAAAACAAUAACACAGGUUACCGUAAUAUGCACAAAAAUUUUUUUUUUCGUUAGUUCUAUUUAUUUAUUGUAUUUUUGUUGUUUUAAUUUUGUAAUUUCAACCAUGUAAAAAAUGACAUUUGAACAAGCAUGAAAAAAUUUGGCUUUUGCCAAAUACCAUGAAUAAAUAUUCGAAAUAUGUCUUGAACAAAAAAGGCGUAAGCCAAUAAAAGUAAUUAAAUUGAAUGACGUCUGUAAGCAUUAAAACGAUAGCUUCUGACCGGAGGUCCGAGGGACUCGAUUAACCUCCCGUCAAUUUUUCGGAUCGCCCCCUCAUAUUUCCUGACUCGAAAUUAACCACACUCCCCUGAAAAACGGAUUGAGAAAUGAUCCCUUAACAAUUUUCCGAAAGUUCAAUCGAUUUGGUAAUGUUUUUGGACGAAUAUUGAAAAUAUCCUCUUUGGAUCAUUAGCUUCAGAAGCUAUGGUUAUAUUGUAAAUGUCCAAGAUAAUUAUCCCAUUUAUUAGUUUGAUAGGCAAAACAAAGAAAAGUCGUAGAUUUAAGGGAAGAAUUUAUGUAAAAACAAUAAUUGAAUGUAAUUUCCUAUGAAUGUAAUGAAUUGAUUUUCAUAAAAAAAGAACCAAAUAUUCUGACAGGUGAAAUCAACAACGCCUGAUUCAUGACCCGUACAAAAUAAUGUUUUAUUUCUACGCCAUAAAAG